UUGCUAGCUUGGUGCUGGUGAGGAGCCUAGCAAGGGGAGAGAAACCGUGGGAGAAGACGGACUGCGUAUGAUUAAAAGAAGUAAAGUUUAACAUCAAAAAUAUCAAGUAACGUGAAAGAAAGAAACUGGACAGGUAUCACCAGCAACUUGGAAACAUCUUUUCUCUCCCCUGGCUCUCCAGUGUAUAAAGACGCCGCCCAAUAUUUCAUAAGUCACCUCGUGCCUCUUUACCCGAUAAAUAAUAAUUAUUUUCCCUUACAUCUUCACCAGUACAAACAAAUAGCAUACACCAGCAAGACGGAGGACCUAAUAAGCGUUACGAUUGAGCAGUUUAAGCAAAGUACGUGCAUCACAACAAAGCAACAAUCUACCAAAGUUAACAUCAGUGAUUAAUUGAAUUGGAGCCUCCAUAAUCAACAGUCCAUACAUCUCCUGAUCCUCAUUCAUCAGCACUAUUCAGUUCUGUCAUUUAGUCGGUCCACCUUAGAAAGCUGCAGAGAUACUUAGCACCACUAUGGCCUCCAUCACCCAGUCACCUGACCCUGAAAUCCCAGACAACCACAAAGAGAGCUGGCUGGCGCUUCUUUCUGCUGCAGAAACUUAUUGCCAAAAGUCUGGCUUUGACCUGGCCAUACUAACAGCGUGUAAGAAGUUCCGGUCUUCGUCUGGAGAUGGAGACGGGGUGAGGAAACGUGAGAGCGGCAGUGCCUUUCCGAGAGAGUGUGAUUUCUCCUAUAAUGUUUGGGGUCAGGGGUUUCUGGCAGAGUCGGCUCGCCGCUACAUAGACGACAUCGGUGUGCUGCACUCCACAACUAUGCUAACAGCGCAGAGGCACACACGCCAGGCUGGGGGAGAGGGAGGGACCAAGCUGAUGGUUGACCUGACCUCUGACCCUGGACACAGGGGGAACUUUACGGGCGAAGGUGGCGUGGGCGGAGUCAGUCCCAACAGCAGACUCUACUCGCAGAGCUACCCGUCAAUCUACAGCUCAGGCGCCGUAACGGGGCAGCCUGUGGGAAACGGUAACGGAGAGAACGAACGGGAGAAGAGCGCACUGGAGGCAGCUGAACGGGCGAGACAAAGGUCUGGGAUUGUCGACCUGGAAGAAGAAUGUGAGGAUGAAGAAGAGGAGGAGGACAUGGAUGAAAGAAGACCCUACGGGAAUGAAAGUGCAGGUGUGUUUUCGAUGGAUGAGGAUUCUCUGUCCCGGGACUGCGAGCCAUUCUUUGAGUCGGACGGGGAGGAGGAGAGCACUGAUGGUUCACUGAGUGAGGAGGCCCCUCCACCGUCACGCAGCAUGGCUGUGGGUCAGGCUGCGUUCUCGUCCCGUCACGCCCACCCCAUGGCUCUGGCCCGUUCGCUCCCGGUGUCGGUGCCGGUGUGGGGCUGCAGAGGGAACAGAGCUGCUCAGGGAGACAGCAGCAGUGGAGAGCGGGUGGGCUGCGCUGACUUGGAGCAUAUCGCUGCCAGUAUGAAGGCCCUGCUGGCGCCCGGGGCAACGGAUGGGACAGAAAUGUUUGGAGCCUUGCCUCGGCCCCGUCUCAACACAGGGGACUUCUCCCUCAAACACUGAGUGAGAGCAGAGUGACAGCGAAAGGGAUGGAGUGAGAGAAUCAAAGAUAAAUGAGAGGUGGGGUCGUUAUGGUGGGAGGGGGCCUGGAUCGGCUGCAGAUGUGACGUACAGUAUGUGAAACGGUGUACAAGCUAGCUCCUCCAUUUAUUUCUCACUAACAAAAAUUAAUGGCUCAUGCUUUAAGGAGUAACAAAAAGCAAUGUUGUUAUGAACACCAGUAAUGUUCUCAACACUUUGUUCCACCACCUAAUCGCUACACAUUUCACAAUAAAAGCUACUACUACACGUCCCAAAACACUACAUUAGGAUUUGGAACUCUAGAUGAGUGUGUAGUGACCAACAAGGACACUAAAAGAAGGUGUGUAACAGUUAAACUGGCACGGCAAUAUUUGACAACGUCGUGUGCUGAUGUUGUUUUAGAGAGUUGGCCCCUUGGUUACUUACCUGCGACGUGAUGGAAAAUUAAAUCACCAGCCAUUUGUAUCUGGUCAAUCAGUGGCCUCCAACGCUGCAUGUAAUACAUCUGUCAGACUGAGGAAUAUUAGCACUGAUGUUUUUAGUAGCUCCAAAGCUAAAUGCUAUGUUAUCAUAAAAGCUCACGUGGCAAAAUAUGACAGUUUGGUGCAUAAAAUUAAAUUAAAAAAACAGC